AUGUCCUCCCUCAACCUCACACGCGAAUGGCUGCAAACCGUGCUGCGCCCAUACGCCGCAAAAGAGCGUAUCAUUUCAGAGGUGCUGGAGAUUCUCGCCUCCCGAAAGACCCUAUCUGUAAAGACCGAUGCCUUCACGUACGAUAAUGGUCAGACCGCACUCCUGCUGCUUCUGCACGGGACGCUUCCGAUCAAUUACAGAGGUGCGACAUAUCAGAUCCCGCUUCAUGUCUGGGUUCCGCAUGAUUAUCCCCGGAAUCCACCGCUGGCGUUUGUGGUGCCCACAAAAGAGAUGGGCGUGAGGAAGGGGAGGGAGGUAGAGCCUGGAGGGAGGGUCAAGGAGGAUGUCGUGCAGGGAUGGUGGGCCGGAUGGGAGCCAAAAUCGAUAGAAGUCUUGCUCCGACAUCUUGCUGGCGUAUUCUCGGCAACACCGCCCGUCUUUGCCCGUCCAUUAGAGGCUGCUGGCGCGCCAGCACGAGGCGCAGGACAGACCGGAACUCCCGCCUCUCCUGUACAGAACGGCUAUGCUGCUCCUGGACCCUCCCAUCAGCCCCCUCCACCGCCUCAACGGCCGACCUUUCAACCUCCACAGCCACAAUACCAACCACCCCAAGCUGGACCUCCUACCGAGUACCUACCCCAAUAUCACUCCGCCCAGACCCCUCCGCCCCAUCCGUACCCACACCAAGGAGGCCGCGCCCGCCAGACCUCCGCAUCAUACCCGCAGUCUUCCGGUCCCCCGGCCUCACCACAUAGCGUUCCGCCUGUGCCUUACCGGCCGCAAGUGGGACCGCGCCAGGGAUCGCUUCCGCCAACAUCUCCAGGCGGGGGCAGAAGUGGGCCGAUGCCGCCCCAGAGACCAAAUAUGCCGCCGCAGAUGCAGCCGCAAGGUACGGGCACGGGGUAUGGAGCGCCGCCUGGUCAAGCUGGGCAUGUGAAGCGGUAUGCAUCCCCACAGCCGGUCCCGGGGCCGUAUCAUCCACAACGAGGAGCGUCUUCGUCGUCCCCUCUCGCUGGGCAGGGUCCGCCGGUCCCUGUCGGUCCGCCUAACGGGUAUCACCCAGGACAAGCUCAGCCUGCCCAGCCUGGUCCGUCCUACCAAGGUCAGCAGUAUCCCGGCCAACAGGCGGCUUCGCAGUCACAGCCGCAAUAUCAGCCCCCUACUCAGCCUGCUGGACCCUCGUCAACAUCCGCUGCAGCCCAUCCUAGACAAUAUCACCCACCCACCGACCUCCUCUCUUCCUCCGACGCCUCUCCGACCCUCUCCCCUACCGGACCCAGUACGAACCCGCCCCCUGUCCCUCCCUCAAAGCCUCCACCGCCAUCGACGAUGCACCUCCAUUCCAUCCUCCUGCCUCACCUUUCCGCCUCGCUCCCCCCACUCCUCUCGUCUCUGCACGCCAGCCGACAACACCUGCUUGAGCGGAAAGAAGACCUCGAAUCUGGCGAGCCGGCGAUCAAGGACGAGAUGGCCCGGCUUCAGGCGGUGUUGAAGGUGUGCGAGGCGACGGCGGGGAAGCUGGGGGAGAUUGUAGCGAGGGGCGAGGCGAGAGUGGGAGAGUUGGAGAGCAGGGGGGAGGUCGGAGUGGAUGAGGUGGUUUGUGGGAUUAGCAUUGUGCAUAAUCAGCUCAUUGAUCUCGUGGCGGAAGACAAUGCCAUAGACGAUACGAUAUAUCAUAUCACCAAGGCAUUUGAAGCGGAGCGUUUGGAUCUGGAUCGAUUCCUCAAGUCGAUACGAUCGUUGGCGAGAGAGCAGUAUAUGAAGCGAGCGCUUAUUGAGCGGAUUCUGCAGGGGAUGGGGCAGACGCAGGGAUGGUGA